CAGUUCUUAAACGGUUGUCACCAAUGACACUUCGCUUAAAAAGAAAACGAAAGUAAAAAAUAGAAUUCAAAAAAAGUGUGCGCAGGUUAAUCCUCGAGACCACCAAACGAAUUAUGGCAAAUCUAAGCGCAUUUAAUCGAAUAACCAAGUUACAAAAAAUCCUCCUCUACUCAAAUUUAAAUAAUUUACUGCAGCCAACAUCAACUGUUGCUACCAAUUCAGCAUUAAAAGCCUUUUUUCACAAGCAGCACCAGCACACGCAGGAACAACAGCCGUCUAGUCCAAAGUUAACAAAGCCAUAUUGCACUCGUUAUAACUCUUUUAGCAGAAAUUUCACAACUGGCACUCAAAGCACAUCUAAAUCCACAAAUAUCGAUGAAUUCCGUGCUAGGGAGGAGAAACGGGAGGAAGAAUUCAACAAGCAACAGAGUGAAUCACCUCCCGACGAAAAGGAGCAAGAGAAUGCUCGACAAGCCAAAACCGAUAUAGUUCGUAUGAAAAUACUUGAUGCCGCCUUAAAACAUGUUCCUGCAGAAGGUUGGUCACGUCAGGCAAUAAUUCAAGGUGCCGAGGAGGCUGGUUAUCCUAGUGAAGUGCACGGAAUGUUCCCCAGUGGUGGUUAUGAGCUGGUCUCACAUUUCGUAGGCAAGUGCAAUGAGGCUCUGUUGAAGCAUAUGCAAGCUGAAACAAACAAUGGACAGAAAGAAGUGGCAGAUCCUCUAGACUUCCUGAUUCGUUCGGUCAAGUUUCGUUUGCAGAUGAUAGAACCAUACAAAAGUCAUUGGCCCCAAGCGAUGGCAUUGAUAGCUCUGCCACCUAAUGUACCGACAUCACUGGCACAGGUUCUGACAAUGGUUGAUGAUAUGUGCUAUUAUUCUGGUGAUAGAUCAGUUGAUUUUGGUUGGUAUACUAGACGAGUUGGAUUAGCGACAAUUUUCAAAAUGGUUGAAGUAUUCAUGUUGCAAGACUCAUCUCCAGAUCACCAAGAGACAUGGACAUUCUUAAAAAAUCGAAUGGAAGAAGCUGCCCAAAUUCAAAUGGUACUCGCACAGACAGGUGAUAUGACUAAUAACUUCCAGAGAUCGUUUAAUUCUGCCUUCGUCACAGCUCGAAACAUCUUAGGACUUAACUAUAAUCGAAGAUAAUUCUCUGGAAUAAAUGAAAAUCCAUUCGUUAAGCUAUGCAACGGACAAAACAAAAAUUCAACCAAAAACAAACAUACUAUAAAAGUCACUAAGCUUAGCCCAGAUAGAAUAUAAAAACAAAACAAAAA